UACUCCUAUCCCCACCAUUUAUCUCAUUUUAGCCAAGUGUAAAAAGUGUAAGUCCUAGUACCAAAUGUAUGUGUUGCAUACUUGGUAAAUGUCGAUCGUGGGGCUUGGUGGGGUCACCUCGUCGAUCACUUCCAUCAAAGCCUUUUGAACUUGCGUCAUUGAUCAACUGAACUCUCGUUAAGCGCAAGAUGUCUUGGUCACCAUCGUCUUUGCUUCCGGACGCUAGCGAUUCACAACUGUUGUCCGGGUCUCUGCCACUACCUGAACCAUUCGACUCGCCUUCUCAUACGGGUCCUGGAGGCGCCGAUCUUUCCCUCUCAGAGCUGUCACUUUCAGAUAAAGACACAGAAAAUUUUCAUUUUCAUGAUAAGCCACGUUUCAGUCUACUGGCGCCAACUGCUACAACAUCGCAGACAUUCUGGCCUGAUCAAAGUAGGAUAUCAGAGGACGACGAAUAUGAAGAAGGAAACGAGGAGGGCUCUGAAAACGAUGUUGAUACAACUAUGAUCGGGAGGGUUGCUGCUGCAAAGGCACGGGAAGACAAGCUUCAGAGCGAUCUCUACGUUCUCAAGAAGCUGAACGCGUCUUUUGCGUUAUUUAAUGACGCGUUGCGGUCUACUCAGACUGCAACUGAGCAAGUGGCAACUCAACUCUCACAGACGGAUGCACUUUUAGAUAAAUAUGUCAAUAUGCUUGGAAAGUCGGAAGCUGUGGCUAAGCUGAUUUUUGAUGAACAAUGGGAAGGCGCAGAGGCUGAUGAGGAGUUACUUCAGCAAGAGCGACAGGAGGCUCUUGAACAGGCUCGACUAGAAAAGGAACGCCUUGUACGGGAAGAGGCGGAACGGAGGGAAGCAGAAGAGCGUGCACGUGUGGCCGCGGAGGAAGCUGCUUGCCACGAAGCAGAAGAACGUGCACAACGCGAAGUCGCAGCUACAAAGGCGCCCCGUGGCCGAGGCACUAGUAUGUCAAGUGGAGUCCGGGGCGUUCGCGGGACAAGAGCAACAGCAGCUGCAAGAGGUACCAAAGGCAUUCCUCGUGCAGCCUCGACGAGUGCCGCAUCAGCAAUCCCUCGCAGUCGAUCAACUAGCGCCACUGGAAACGUCGGAAGUUUAGGCGGUGGAACAAGACCUGGAUCAUCUGCAAGCCGAGGAACAGGCUUGCCGCGAGGCGUACCUACUAGGAGAGGUUGAGCCAUACUACCUGCGUGUUGUACAUGGGCAAGGUCUUCAAGAAAACUCGCGGCUACUACACAAUGCCUGGAUUCACAGCCGGCAAGAAGCACGCCGUACCAUGAGCUUGCCGCAUCAGG